GUCUUUUACACACGUUUUUCUGGGAAAAUGUACGUACGAUUUUCAAUGACUUCAAAAUUUUGUAGUGGAGGGAAAAUCAAAGGCUCUUGUGUAAACUGCAUGAGAAUUCCUUUGAACCAUGCUUGCAAAGAAUGCAACUUAUUUGAUUAAUCACCACAAGUUAAUAUCUGGGAUAAACACUUCGAUUAAAAAAACUUUUCUUAGACGAUACUCCGUUUCUUUAAUUCAAUCUUGCUCAAAAUCCACUACGAGAACCAACAAGCUUGUAAUUUACUGCAACACCCAGAUAACGGAACAUGGCAAGAACGGAAAUGUGCAGGAGGCCGAGUCGAUUUUCCAGCGGAUGCCUUUUAAAACCAUUGUUUCUUAUACUGCUAUGCUAUGUGCAUAUGCUCAGAAUGGUCAAAUCACAAAGGCCCGAGAAAUGUUUGACGAAAUGCCCCAACAAAAUGUUGCCUCUUGGAACGCAAUGAUCACGGCUUAUAUGAGGAAUGGGAAAAGAUCGAACGGAAUUGACGAGGCUUAUAGAUUGUUUUUGAGGAUGCCAGAGAGAAAUGCAGUGUCUUAUGCUGCUAUGAUCACGGGGUUUGUUAAUGUGGGCAGGUUUGACGAGGCCAAGAGAUUGUAUAGUGGGACACCUUUGAAUUGGAGGGACCCGGUUUGUUCAAAUGUUCUGCUAAAUGGGUAUUUGAAAAUUGGGAAAUUGGAGGACGCACUUCAUAUUUUUGAAGGAAUGGUGGAGAAAGAUGUGGUGUCUUGGAGUUCAAUGGUGGAUGGUUAUUGUAAGAAUGGGAGAGUCAGUGAGGCUAGAGAGUUUUUUGAUGUUAUGGAAGAGAAGAGAAAUGAGGUCACUUGGUGUGCUAUGAUCAGUGGUUAUUUUAAAAUGGAGCGUUUCGAAGAUGGGUUCAAUUUAUUUCUGCAGAUGAGAAGAGGAGGGGAGGUGGGAUUUGGACCUACACUGGUGACUGCAAUAUUUGAGGCUUGUGGGAGACUUGGAAAGUUUGAAGAAGGUAUUCAAAUGCAUGGCUUGGUUUCCCAUAUGGGAUUUGAGUUUGAUGUAUUCUUGGGAAAUUCUAUUAUUACGAUGUACUCAAGGUUUGGUUGUAUGAAUGCAGCUAGAUAUAUUUUUAACACCAUGAAUAGAAAAGAUCUCGUUUCCUGGAAUUCUCUUAUUAAUGGUUAUGUUCAUGCUGGCGAACUUGAAGAGGCUUAUCAGCUCUUUGAGAAGAUGGAAGCCAAAGAUUUAGUUUCUUGGACGACAAUGAUCACUGGAUUCUCUAAUAAAGGUUUAACAAAAAAUUGCAUUGAUUUAUUUAACAGGAUGCCUGAGAGAGAUGAUAUUGCUUGGACUGCUCUUAUUUCAGGAUUUGUGAAUAAUGGAGAACAUGAAGAGGCUAUCUAUUUGUUCAUUCAGAUGCUAAGGAGUGCAGUCAGACCCAAUCCUCUUACUUUGAGUGGUGUGCUUAGUGCCUCAUCUGAUUUGGCAAUUUUAAAUCAUGGUUUGCAAGUGCAUACUCAUGCUUUUAAAAUGAAGAUGGAACUUGAUUUGUCAGUUCAAAAUGCUCUCAUUUCUAUGUAUUCCAAGUGUGGAAGUUUAGAUGAUGCCUAUAGGAUAUUCAAAUCCAUCGGUGCACCCAAUCUUGUUUCCUUUAAUUCUAUGAUUACUGGUUUUGCCCAUAAUGGAUAUGGAAAAGAGGCAAUUCAAUUAUUCAGGCAUUUGGAGAAUAGAAGAUUAGAACCAAAUGAAAUUACCUUUCUUGGUGUCCUAUCUGCUUGUACCCAUGUGGGACUUGUGGAAGAAGGAUGGAAAUACUUUGGUUCUAUGAGAGCAUUCUACAAGGUUGAACCAGGGCCUGAUCAUUAUGCUUGCAUGGUUGAUCUCCUUGGUAGAGCUGGUUCCGUUGAUGAAGCGUUACAUUUGAUCAAGUCAAUGCCAGUUGAACCUCAUUCUGGUGUUUGGGGUGCUCUUCUUGGUGCAAGUCGAGCUCAAGUGCGUCUUGAUAUUGCAAAGAUUGCUACUCAACAUAUUUUAGAACUCGAACCCAAUAAUGCUGCUCCAUACGUGGUGUUAUCAGAUAUAUAUAGUUUUUUAGGGAAGAGGAGAGAUGAAGAACAACUCAGAUUGGCCAAGAGAACAAAAGGGAUAAAAAAGAGUCCAGGCUGUAGUUGGAUUACUGUGAAGAACAAUGUUAAUUUGUUCGUUUCAGGAGAUCGUGCUCAUAUAAACUUUGGAGAGAUCAAGAUCACAUUGUUGGCAAUUUUUUAUGAAAUGAAACAGUUUCAUUGCAUGGACACUGAUUGGCUACCGCCUUAAGAAACAGUGACAUCCAACAGAAUGGAUAUUUUCAAGAUCACUUUUUGUAUCAUCCAGAACCAUUUUGUGGUUGUUUACCUGGUAGUUUCGUUUACUCGUUUGAUCAAAGUCUUACGCUUCUUUGAGAAAAGAACUCCUUCAUAGUCUUGCAUUCCAUGUCCUUAUAUAUCUAAUUGUACAGGAUAAGGCCAUUUUUACUAACUAAAAUGGUGCCUGAACUCUGCUCUUUUGAUACUGGAUGGUGAAAAUUAUCAAGACGAGUCUGUUAUGACUUAUGCAUGUUGCUCCAUAGUAGCUACUACAUUGGUUGCUGUCUGAAACUUGAGUUGAUCUGGUCUUAAUUGAUGGCGAACAUGCUGUUCCACGUGAAUCAUCUUGAGAUCAGAAAGGUUGCAAGCAUCAAGCAUCAGGUAUCGGAGUCAAGGACCUGAUAUUUAGGAGGUAAAAUGUAAUUAAAAUUUUUGGUUGAUUAAUUAAUUUUGCAGCUUCUUUGUAUUCCAGUCGUACUCUGGCAACACUCGAGUUUCAGAAAAAUGGAAUGGAUUCGUUUUUGAGCUUUUUGUUUUGUAGCUCCUUUCUGGAGAAUAAAGCAAGAGUUUCCCUCUCAGGUCUGUAAAUUCCAUACGUCUCUAAUGAGUAUAUACAUUCCACUUUACGAAAUUGUGUUGUUGUUAAAUGAAACUAGAUGUCUUGUGAAUGAAGCCUACCAACGCUUUUAUGGGAUGAUCAAAAGACAGUUAGAACUCAAUUAGGUGGUUAAUUCUUGACAUGGCUUGGUUAACACAUGAUCUAAUUGGUCACUUCCUCAUGGUGCUCCUGAAAAUUUUUUCUGAUUUAUUUUAGCAUUUUAUCUCCUAUGUUUGCUUAAAUCUUGGGGGAGACUCUAAGCUAGAAAUCCCUGCGGAUCAGGGAGAUGGGAAGGAAAAUGUGCUGCCAUGGCAGCCAAGGAAAGAUGAAGACUAUAAUCUUUCUCCCAUUUCCCAACCGGCACUGGAAACCAUUUUUUAGAAACUCUAGCCCCCUGAUUAGACUUCGCCCCAAGUAUGAGCAACAAUCCUUACAAUCUGCAUUCAUAAAUACUGUAUUUGGAUGAUAUUUGUCUGAACAACCACCAUCGUCUUGAUGUCUCCUUAAUCAGUAACAAAUCUAGGAAUGUGGAUUCAUUGAACAAAUGUACAAGAACUAUCUUGAGUAAGACUCUAAUUAUAGCAAGUCUUUGAUUUUGUUGACAACUCCACUUUUAUCAACUUACCUCUAUUUAACAGGAAUAUCAUUGUGAAUGUUGUUGAUGUUAUUAAAGAUUCUUGUUCUUUAAAUAAAGCUGGAAUGUACAUAACUCUUUUACUUCGUUAUUUAUAUUUGGUUUUAUAGUUUAUUGAUCGAUAGGGGAAUGAUUCUAUCCUUUUUUCAUAGUGGAUUAUUUAUCCGUGGUAUGGGAACCCAUGGAAGUUUCCUUAAAGGUUUUAGUAUGUUAUAUCGUGUGAUAUUAUUAGUAGUUGGUUUGUGUUUAUUGCUGCAAGAUUAAUUCUCGAAUUUGCUUUCUCUUAAAAUUCGAAAUUUCAUCUAUUCAUCGGUCUUGUCAUGACUAAGAUUGAAUAGACCUUGGCAAUUUAAUUGUU